UAUUGGUUCCCCCGGAGCAACAUCAAACUAACGGUCGAAUCCGAACCAGACUUCUUCUUCCGAACUCUCCUCCCCGCUCCCUUGGCGUCUCUCCCAAUCUCUCUCAUUAGCUCCUCAAUGGAAUCUCCCAUGACCAGAACCCGAUCCACCACUUUCCCCUCAUCCCACAUUAGGGUUCUUCUCAGAGUUCGGCCCUUCUUGCCCCAAGAGAUCGAGAAAGACGGAAGCAAACCAAUCUCCUGCAUCUCACUUGUCAACCAGGCAGGCGAAGAAGUCAAUGUACAUCUCAAAGAUCAAAUAACAAUCCGAAAUGAGUGGUACAAACUUGAUUCCUUCUUCGGGCAAGAAGAUCCGAUUAAUCAGAUUUUCAGUGAGGAGAUUAGCGCUGCUAUCCCAGAGAUCUUUCAUGGCCGCAACACCACCGUCUUCGCCUAUGGAGCAACAGGAAGUGGAAAGACGUACACCAUGCAGGGUACAGAGAAUGAACUUGGUCUCAUUCCCUUGUCCAUGGCAGCCAUCUUGUCUUUAAGCAAGAAAACGCAGAGCACAGUGGAGAUUUCGUAUUACGAAGUUUAUAUGGAUCGGUGCUACGAUUUGUUGGAACCCAAAGCGAAGGAGAUAAUGCCCCUAGAGGAUAAGAAUGGCAGAGUUCAGCUCAAGGGGCUUUCUCUGGUUCCUGUGUCCUCCAUGGAGGAGUACUAUGAAGCUUUCUCCAUUGGCGUGCAGAGAAGAAAGGUUGCUCAUACUGGACUUAAUGAUGUUUCUAGUCGCAGCCACGCUGUUCUUGUUAUUGCAGUUAACAAUGGAGGUGUUAAGGGAAAGCUCAAUCUUAUUGACUUAGCAGGUAAUGAAGAUAAUAGAAGGACGGGCAAUGAAGGGAUAAGAGUUCAGGAGAGCGGGAAGAUAAACCAGAGUUUAUUUGCUUUGUCUAAUGUUAUAUAUGCUUUGAACAACAAUGAAACAAGAAUUCCCUUUAGAGAGAGCAAAUUGACACGGAUAUUGCAGGAUUCACUUGGAGGAGAUAGUCAUGCUUUCAUGAUUGCUUGCCUUAAUCCUGGUUCAUAUCAAGAGGCUGUCCACACAGUCAGCCUCGCCGCCCGCUCUCGACAGAUCGUAAACCAUUCUGGUUCAGUCAAAAGGAAAGAAAACCCGAACGAAUUGGUCGACAUGGAAGCAAAGCUAAGAGCUUGGCUUGAAUCCAAAGGGAAGAUAAAGAGCAUCCAAAGAAUGAAUGGACUUUGUUCUCCUCUUCCGCGCAGAACUCCAAUCUCUGUUAGUUAUUCAAAGAAUUUGGGAGCUAAUUGCAGUACUGUAAAAGCAAAGAAUGCUGAAGGCCUUCCUGUUACUAGUAAGGGGAGGAAAUUGUUUGACUCUGAGGCAAAUGUUUCAUCUUGUGUUGAGGUUGCAAAUGGAAAUCAGAAGCAAGAAGAUAAAACAAACUUGAGUGGAAAAAUGAAUGAAAUGGCGCAGAAAUUACAUAAUUCUCAUACUAAAGUUCUUUCUGCUUUAAAUCCAAACAGUAAUGAAGUAUCAGAUGGUAAUGGCAAAGUGUUUUCUGAGUUGGAUUCAAAAACUCCAUUUGAAAAAUUGAAGGAUUUACUCAUGGAGGAAUACAUGUCAUUCUUGAAUAAUGCAAACAAAGAGGAGCUCAUGCUACUAAAGGGAAUUGGUCAAAAAAGAGCAGAAAGUAUACUUGAGCUAAGGAAAAGCUCCCUUAUGCCUUUUAAAUCAUUAUCAGAUUUGGAAAAAAUAGGCCUUUCAACCAAACAGGUGCAAGCCCUAUUCAAAAGAGGAAGAAUCUUUAUGUUUUUAAUUUUUCCUCAUUUGAAAUUACUCUUACAGGUUGCAAAUGGAAAUCAGAAGCAAGAAGAUAAAACAAACUUGAGUGGAAAAAUGUAUGAAAUGGCUCAGGAAUUACAUUAUUCCCAUACUAAAGUCCUUUCUGCUCAAAAUCCAAACAGUAAUGAAGUAUCAGAUGGUAAUAGCAAAGUGUUUUCUGAGUUGGAUUCAAAAACUCCAUUUGAAAAAUUGAAGGAUUUACUCAUGGAGGAAUACAUGUCAUUCUUGAAUAAUGCAAACAAAGAGGAGCUCAUGCUACUAAAGGGAAUUGGUCAAAAAAGAGCAGAAAGUAUACUUGAGCUAAGGAAAAGCUCCCUUAUGCCUUUUAAAUCAUUAUCAGAUUUGGAAAAAAUAGGUCUUUCUACCAAACAGGUGCAAGCCCUAUUCAAAAGAGGAAGAAUCUUUAUGUAAGUGAGGAGGAUGUGGCCUUCUUCAUGAAUAUUCAAAAGUUACAUUGUGAUUUUGAUCUAAGUGUAUUUGGUAUUAUGGAGCCAUUUCAUUUUUAGUUGGACAAAAAUAUGUAGAAUUUGUUUGAUUGUAUGAUAGUUGUCCUAAAUGAAUUCUUUGAAGUAUUCUAGAUGUAAUAUUGUGUUUUCUAUGUGAGUGUUUUUGGC